AAUCGUGGAGCAGCUGCGAGGCCCAAGAAGCACACCUGGGAAGGAAAAUGCACUGCGGACUCCUGUGCCGAUUCCUGUGGCUUUGGCCCUACCUGUUCUGCCUUGAAGCUUUGCCCAUCCACAAAGUCCAGUAUGACACCAAAACCCUCAUCAAAACGAUUGUCACUAGGAUCAGUGACAUCUCUCACACGCAGUCGAUCUCCUCCAAACAGAGGAUCACGGGUUUGGACUUCAUUCCUGGGCUCCACCCUGUCCUGACUUUGUCCGGGAUGGACCAGAUACUGGCAAUCUACCAACAGAUCCUCACCAGUCUGCCUUCUGGAAGUGUGACCCAAAUAUCUAAUGACUUGGAUAACCUCCGGGACCUUCUCCAUAUGCUGGCCUCCUCCAAGAGUUGCCCCUUCCCCCAAACCAGGGGGGCUCUGAAGACCUUGGAGGACCUGGACGGUGUCCUGGAAGCCUCACUGUACUCUGCAGAAGUGGUGGUCCUGAGCAGGCUGCAGAGGUCUCUGCAGGACAUGCUACAGGAGCUGGACUUCAGCCCUGAGUGCUGAAACCUUGAAGGCUUAGAGAGAGCCUAUGUGGACAUUUCUUAUCUCGGCCUCCAGUCCCUUUCUCCCUCACUACUCCAAGCCUCGCUCCCAAAGGCCAGCUCUGCCUGGGCUUGGCCACAGCUGGCCACCAGUUUAUUCAGGCAAAAGGACCCCCCGAAACACAGGGCUGACAAAUGAGCACGUGCUGCCCCAGAGUGAGGGCGGGUCUGCAAAUCAUCCUUGAGAAGCACCCAGUUUAUAAAUAAAUGAAUAAAUAAAUAAAAU